AUGCAUCAAGAUGCAGUAGCUAUCAUUGGGUUCCUUGCAAUGCCCAAAACAAUGAAGGAGUAUGCUGAAGAUCCAAAGUUUUGUGCAUUCAGAUGCCAGUUGUUUCAUUCAUCACUCUCCCACAUACUCGAAACCCUUAGGCCAGCGAUGACAAAGCCAGAAGUUGCUAAGUUCAGAGAUGGGCAUUUUCAGCAGGUGAUUUAUGGCUUGGGGCCUUACAUAGCAGAUUAUGAGGAGCAAGUACUCCUUGCAUAUAUACUCUGGUUUGAGUUUGGAAUAAUCAGCAAUCUCAUUGGCUUCAAGCAGUGGAUGGGGGACGACUUGAAAGCCCUCAUGAAGGUUUACUUGGCUGCAAUUGAGGGCCAUAAUUUUGCUACCUCAUAUGCCAAAAUACCAUCACCAAGAGCACUCUGGAUGAGAUUGAAGAUGCCCUCUUCUGUUAUCAUCACUACCACACAAUUUUUACAGAGUCUGGCACAAUUCCCACCUUCUUGCUGCCAUGCCAACAUUCCCUUGUCCACUACACCUAUCUUAUUCUGUGAUUUGGUGCUCCCAAUGGACUCUGCUCAUCUAUCACUGAGAGCAAACAUAUCAAGGCUGUCAAAGAGCCAUGGAGGCACUCAAGCAAAUACAAAGCACUCAGUCAGAUCUGCACAUGUUGACUUUGCCAAUCACUGGAUGUUGGACAAUACUUGUCUUGCAGCAGAACUCGAAGCUCUCAGCCUUGCAGAUACAGAUAGCAACAACAACUCUAAUGUCCAAGUCCAUCCCUUGCCCAGUAGUGUUGCCAAUGAGGUGCAGGUAGCAGUAGACCAUGGACUAACCAUUUUACAAGCGCACACAUGGCUAGCGCAGACAGUUUGUGAGUAG